AUCGGGCGCGCACCGAGCUGGCGUGACGUCAGGUUGUUUAUGUUUGGUGCUGCUGUUCGAGCACUGUCACUUAGCUCGUUAACCUCCGACUUUCUGUUAUUAUAGCAGUGCAUUGAUUACAUUAAAUUAAAACCUCUUUUUUAAAAAGCGAGUUUAAGCUGUUAGUAAGCUGUGUGUUAAUGCUGUGUGUUGCUUGAGAAGAUGUCACAGAAGGACCCGUGUCAGAAGCAGGCGUGUGCCAUCCAGAAAUGUCUACAAGCUAACAAAUACAUUGAAAGUCGAUGUGUGGAUGUGAUCCGGGCCAUGCGGAAAUGCUGCGAAUCCCACCGUGGAGUCAACUCAGUGUGCUGUUCUGGCUUUGAGAAACAAUACAGAAUGGCUGAAGAGAAAACCUAACCUUUUUAACCACAGACUUUGUCAGAUGUUGCGUAAUGCCAUUUGAUUAACUGCACUAAAGAAUGGAAGAUCCCAAGACUUGAAAUGAUCCUAAAAUGUGCUGCUGAGUGGAUUAAAGAAAGAUCAAGCUAAA